UUCAAAGCUUAAACCAUUCAUCUCUCAAAGCAAAUUCAUUUCAAAAAAAAACUGAAGCUGAACAAAAAAUGUCUCUCGUAACAGAAGAAAUCAAGGCCAAAGCAGAAGUAUACCACGGAGACGAACUGUGCCAGCAAAAAACCAAAGAAUUACUCAAAGAAGUGGGCUUACCAAACGGGCUCUUACCACUACACGACAUUGAAGAAUGUGGCUACCACAGAGAGUCAGGUUUCGUGUGGCUCAAGCAAAAGAAAAGCAUAACUCACAAGUUCGAAAAGAUCAGCAAACUAGUGAGCUAUGCUCCAGAAGUUACUGCUGUUGUUGAGGAUAAGAAGAUCAAGAAAUUAACAGGUGUUAAGACUAAGGAGCUGUUGAUUUGGAUUAGUUUAAGUGAUAUUUACGUUGAUGAAACAUCUGCUGAUAAGAUCACUUUUCAGACACCUGCUGGUCUGUAUAGGUCUUUUCCUGUGUCUGCUUUUGUGGUGGAGGAGAAGGAAGUUAAGGAUGUUAAGGAUGUCAAUGCCAGUGCCGCCGCCGCCGCUCCGGUGGAAGUGAAGGAGGUUUGAGUUGGAUUCUGUUUCUGUUGUGUGUCUGAAUGUUGACACUGAUUAAACGAGUGUUUUAGUAUCUGUUAUGUUUUGCUAUCUGUUUUCAUGUUGAACUUGUUUUACUGGUGUCUGCUGGUAAUAAAAUGUUUUUAGUGUUUUAUAA